AUUUCCCAGUUCCAUUCAUUUCAACACAAUAACACAAACAUGAAGGUCCUUGCGGUGCUGUUAUCCCUUUUUGCUGUAGGACAUUGUCACCUGUGCCUCCUCAGCCCGCCCCAGAGAGGGUCCAUGAGCGGCAUCAACACCCCAGCGGCCAAUGACUGUAUCCUGACCACGGGGCCGUGCGGGGGCCGCCAGCCCGGGCGGGACGCCACUUUCUACGGUCGUGGCGAGAACAUUACCGUCACGUUUAUGAAGAACUUGGAUCACUACAACAAGACCAAUCCCGGGAAAUUCGUGAUUUCACUGAGCGAGCGGCAGACGGUCGCGCCAAAAGUCCUGGCCACUGUCCCGGACGCGGGCGAGCCCUCGCUCCAUAUCUACUCGGUGAAAGUGAUGGCGCCCAGGGAACCCCCCAACACCAUGCACUUCCUGCAAGUGACGUAUGAGCCCAACAACGCGCAGGCGCCCAAGGCGUUUUAUCAGUGCUCGGAUGUGGGAUUCGAACCCAGACCGUAGACAUAAACGUGUAUAGAUUUGACUGAAAUGUGUAUUUUUGACAAUUAAUUUAUGGUACGUGUGUUUUCUUUUGAUGAAAUAGUUAUAUAUUAACGGUGCAAAAUUCUCUGUGUGUUGUAAGGAUGCCUGUUGACUUUUGUACUGUAUAGAAUUAGUGGAUUAGGAAUAAUUUAUACCUAUUUACA